CAAAGAAAAGAGUGAUUUAUCCGCAAUGGUGAAAAAGAAGGGAAAGUCAAAGAGAACCACUCUCAAGGACAAAUAUAAGAUCCAAAGGCGAGUUGCCGAAACCCAUCGCAAACGCAAGAAGCAGGCCAAGCGAGACGAAAAAAAUGGGGUUGUUCGUCCGAACAAACAAAAACGCGACCCUGGCAUUCCGAACUCGUGGCCUUUUAAACAAGAUCUACUGAAGGACAUUGCGAGAGCACGCGAACGGCAACAGGAGCAACAGCAGGCCAUGAAGGACAAACGCAAGGGAGASUUGCGGGCCUUGCGGGACCACCAAGACCAAGGCGGGCCCUGCCGAACGGUGCAGGAGCUGAUGGCCAGAGCCAAUGAAGACCGACAAGCUUUUGCGGCCAAACAGGGAGGAGGGUCUAUUGCCGGUGCAACCGCAGCAGAAAAGAGCGAUGGCCGGGUUGCCGCGGGACAACAGUCACGCCGUGCGUACUUGCGCGAAUUGAAAAAGGUUGUCGAAUCCGCCGAUGUCUUGCUGCAGGUAUUAGAUGCUCGCGAUCCCAUUGGAUCUCGGAUCCACAAAACUCUCGAGGACGUCAUUUUAUCGAAAGCAGACAAGCGAAUGGUUUUGGUUCUGAACAAAAUCGAUUUGGUUCCCAAAGAAGUUGUGGGACAAUGGCUUAAYGUAUUGAGGCGGUCCCAUCCAACCAUUGCCAUCAAGGCAUGCAAGAAUAUAUCCGAAAGCGACGAGAAAGAUGCCGCAACAUCAUCGGUACCRGUCGGCAUGGAUGGAUUAUUGCAAUUACUGAAGAACUACGCGAGAACGGGCGCUGGUGGGGGGAAAUCAAAGACAACGAUUGUCGUAGGUAUUGUCGGGUAUCCGAAUGUUGGAAAGUCAUCAAUUAUCAAUGCCUUGAAGCGAUCAAGAGCAGUCGGUGUCAGUCCUCGCCCCGGGUUCACGACAACCAUGCAAGAGGUUGUUUUGGAUCGAAAUGUCCGUCUCUUGGACAGUCCAGGCGUGGUCUUCGACGACAAAACAGCCUUGCUUGGAAAUUGUGUCGAUGCCGACUCAAUUGACGACCCAAUUCCACCAGUCGAUGCACUUCUCCAGCGUUGCAAACCCGAGAGUCUGAUGAUGACUUACAACAUUCCGGCGUUUCCAAGGGGCAACACAAUGAUAUUUCUGGCUAUGGUUGCCAAAACCUAUGGAAGGGUUUUGAAAGGUGGCAUUCCCGACAAAAUCGGUGCGGCACGAUCCGUAUUGAAAGACUGGAACCAGGGAAAGAUUCCGUACUAUACCCUUCCACCGAAAGAUGCCGCACCAGAUGUUGCCAAGGGAGGUGCCGUCAUUGUUUCAAGCUUUGGUGCCGAAUUCGAUAUAUCCGCCUUCGAUGAUCAAGUACUGAGCAGUUUGAAGGAAAGCGACGAAAUGGACUUCGUUGAGCUCAUCAACAAAGACCAGGAAGAAACCGAACGCUCGAAGGAACUCGCUAACUAUCUCACGAACGGGGACGAGGACGACAACGACGACAUGGAAGAAGACAGCGACGACGACAUGAAGGAUGAGAGUGAUUUCAGGUCCAAAGUAGCCCAAGCCGAUGAUUUUGAUUUCAAUGCAAUGUAGAGAAAUGCUUUAUUUUAAAGUUAACAU